GGAGGAGAAAAGGGGAAGAUGAAUGAUGAAAUCCCAGAUACCCUGCCCUCCGAGUUCUUCUGAACCCUCUCAUUCACCAAUCACCGGUCUCUGUUUCCAGUUCUUAUAAUUUUUCACUAUUACAAAUAAAUCAUUAAAUAGAUAUUAAGUUUCAUUUUCAUCGGCCUCCAAACAAAGCAAAACAAAACCCUUUCAAAUUUCAAUCACGAAUCAUCAUCUUCAUCCAACUUUUUUUAAUUAAUAUGAUGAUGAUCUGACAUGACAUACUAGCAUAAACGAAAAUAAUUACAUUACAAAACCCCUAUCUUUCUUCUGGUAUGUAUUCUAAUCUCAUCCCUACUUCUGGUUUCUUUCUCCGGUAGAAUUCCUGAUCGGAAGCAAGACAAGAAAAAUCAGAAAGAGGUGAUGUCCCCAGCCGCCGCAGUCGAACAGUUAAUUCCGGAAUUGGCGCCGCCACCUACAAAUUCCCUCCCUCCCAGCUCUGGCCCUUCCUCCCCUCCUUUCGCCAACCUCAGAGGUGUUCAAUGGCGCAUGGAUCUCGGGAUUCUGCCUUCUCCUCCGCCGUUUUCCUCACCCUCUUCCUCUGCUCCGACAAUUGAUGUUCUCCGCCGAGUCACUGCCGAUUCUCGCAGAAGAGUUCACAGCGCAUCUGCUAUCAUCUACGCCGCAACUCCUACUGGAAAGGGAUAGAAUAAAUGCUUGUGCGUGCAGCAGUGUGCUCGAUACAUUUGUUCAUCAAAGUCCGAGGUAGUUAUAUUAGGACUGAAAUACACAAAUGCACUCGGAUUAAUUCUAGACCAGUGCCCGGAACUUUGAAUUGAAGAUAUCCUUGGUGCCAUUCAGUUCAGUAUAGAAAGGUAUAUAAAGAGCUACAACUGAAUCUCCUACCGUCCAGACAUGCCACUCUUCUCCUCGAGUGGAUGAUAGUGAAAAUGAUAGCUUCCGAACAUGCAGGAUAAUGGAGCGAGAAAGCUGCUUAAUGGAUUUUUUUUUGCUUUGCCCCCAUAGAAAGUUGUGGGGACAGGGGUUGGCUUCCCAUUGCUCAUGGAUCUCAAUUCGAUUACGAUUUCUCCUUUGUGUGUGGAGAGACAUCGAUAUGCAAGUUUGCGAAGGAAGCUAUUGGUUGAUCCACAUCUAUCGAAGGAUGGAAGUAAUUCUCCUAAUUUUGUUAUUGACAAUCCACUAUCCCAGAACCCUGAUAGCACCUGGGGGCGUUUCUUUCGGAAUGCCGAACUGGAAAAAACAGUUGACCAGGAUCUUUCACGUUUGUAUCCAGAACAUGGGAGUUAUUUUCAGACACCUGGAUGUCAAGGAAUGUUAAGGCGUAUUCUAUUGUUGUGGUGCCUCAGACAUCCCGAGUGUGGUUAUAGACAAGGAAUGCAUGAGCUUUUGGCUCCUCUAUUAUAUGUUCUUCAUGUAGACAUGAAACGUCUCUGUGAAGUGCGAACACAGUAUGAAGACUACUUUACAGACAAGUUUGAUGGCUUAUCUCACGGAGACAAUCUCUCCUACAAUUUUGAUUUCAAAAAAAUAAUGGACAGCAUGGAAGAGGAGAAUGACAUCCAAGAGAAUACUGUUAAAGUUACAAGUCUUGAUGAGCUUGAUACCGAGAUUCAAACAAUUAUAUAUCUUUGUGAUGCUUAUGGCGCUGAAGGUGAACUGGGAAUCGUUUUGUCUGAGAAGUUUAUGGAACAUGACGCCUACUGCAUGUUUGAUGCUUUGAUGAGUGGGGCUCAAGGUUCAGUUGCAAUAACUGAUUUCUUCUCCAUUUCUCCUGUGGGUGGAUCCUUAUCUGGCUUACCUCCUGUCAUUGAAGCUUCCACAGCACUCUACCAUUUGCUCUCUGGAGUUGAUUCGUCUUUGCACAGUCAUCUUGUGGAGCUCGGUGUUGAACCACAGUACUUUUCACUCCGUUGGUUGAGAGUUUUAUUCGGAAGAGAAUUUGCCCUUGAAAAUCUCUUGUUAAUAUGGGAUGAAAUAUUUGCAGCAGAUAGUAAAAAGUUGUGCAGUUUUGCUGAUGGAGAAGGAACCUUGUGCUUUAAUAUAUUCAGUUCAUCUCGAGGAGCAUUGAUUUCAGGUAUGGCUGUUGCAAUGAUACUUCAUUUGAGAUCUUCCCUGCUUGCUACAGAGAAUGCUACUACAUGUCUCCAAAGACUGCUGAAUUUUCCUGAGAGUGUCGACCUCUUAAAACUGAUAGAGAAAGCCAAGUCUUUACAAUCCCUUGCUUUGGAUUUCCAUCUUAUUUGCCCCUCCCCUUCAUUCGGUGUGGACUACACUAAUAGUAAACCGAAAGUGGUUAGAAGCCACACUCAUUCAUCUGACUCUAUAUCUUCGGUACCUCCUUUGAACAAGGUGCCAGACAGUUACUGGGAGGAGAAGUGGAGAGUUCUGCACAAAGCAGACGAAGUCAAGCAUAACAGUCUGGCAAAGCAAAGUAAAACCCUUACCCAGAAAAAGGGCUGGUCAGAGAAGCUGAGAAUCACUCUAUCUAGAACUGAAUCUGAUCCAUCUCGAACUAAAGCUGAGAGUCACAAGAAGGGGCAACAAAAGUCUUCUGUCAGACGGAAUCUGCUUAAAGAUUUGUCCAAGGAACUGUGCUUGGAAGAAGACGAUGUCGAUGUGGUCCACAUCCCAGUUCCAAACCUGAAGGAACAUCAGCAUGCAGAAAUCGAGGCUGGAGAUAGUGUCGGUGGAAAUUUCAAAUGCUCCACCGAGGAGAGAUGCUUGGGAGACAAUAGUUGCAGCGAGGAAAACUCACCUGCUGUCUCAGACCCAUCUAGUCCUCACAGUGGUGCUAAUAACUGUGACUGUGAGAAUGGCUCAGAGAAAAGUUGUGUUGGCUCAAAUUCAUCGAUUGAUCAAAAUGAUCAUCAUCCAGGGGAUGAUUCAGUAGUCCUUCCUGUUUCACUCCUUCCCGGUGAGAUCACUCUUGACCUUGGGAGUGAAACUGACCGCACAGAAAAACCAUUGACUGGAACUAAGAAACUUCUUUCGAGUAAACUUCAGUGGUUUUGGAAGUUUGGGAGAGGCUCCACUGGUGAAGUGACAUCCGAGAAGGGACAGGAGAGGGUUGAUGCUAGAAAGCCUGCUGAUGAUCCAAAUGCAGAGGAUGAUGUGCUAGGUGCUUCUUCCGCCGACGCAUCUUUCCACUCUUAUUCUAGUGCAAGAGUUGAUGUUGUAGACCAAAAUAUGAUGGGUACUCUGAAAAACCUUGGACAGUCUAUGCUUGAACAUAUUCAGGUAAUAGAGUCUACUUUCCAACAAGAUCGAGGUCAGUUUGGAGGGGUGGAGAAUUCCCUGAGAAACGGGUUGGUUGUUAAAGGACAAGAAACGGCAGUGGCAGCUCUGAAGGAACUUAGGAAGAUAAGCAAUCUUCUGUCUGAGAUGUAAGAGCUGAGCAUUAGUAUAUGAAUGUUACACAAGACCUGUAUAUAUAUCUUGUAACUAAUCCCCUAUUCUUUCAGCACAGCCCGACUUUGUAGGCCUGGCUUGUCGCCUGCAGUAAUUUUGCUUAUUUCUGUAAUGUGCAUUGACACUCGGACUUCGAAAGCAAUCUGUUUUUUUAAUAUUAUGAAGGCAUUUGCUCGGCUUCUGGGACAAGAGAGGGAAACUCCUGGGAACUUUGCAUUCCCUUGAGCCUUAUAGAGGACCAGGAGUGAUCAUGUGGACAAAAACUUCAUGACGAUUCCACGAUAGGACUGAAAUCAUAAUAAUAAUUUACAUUGCUCUUCAUUUCUCUGUUUCA